ACCCCACCAUGUAAGUGCGCUCAACUCUUUGAUAUGGUAUGGUGGGAACUUAUUCUUCGUUUGUUGGACUUAUAUAAGGUCGAGUAGAUAUCUCUCAUCUCUUGUUUUCUCUGGUCGUUGCUUCUUUUAUUCUUUUGUCCAUUCUUUCAUUCUUCCUUCCAUCCUUCCUGAUUUCAUCUCCUACUCCAUCCAUAAUUUGAGAAGAUAUAUAUACUCAGUUAUCACUUGCUUCCUGUGGACUCACUCCCCAUUAAAACCUACACUACGAUGGCUUCGAAAGGUUAUAGACCCUUAGAGGGAAAACUUGCUAUUAUUACUGGUGCUUCAAGAGGUAAGUUUGUGUGUGUAUGUGUUACUAUUAUAUACAUACAUAUUCACAGUCCUCUCCCCGUUUUCUCUCCUUCUUCCGUUCCUAUCCAUAUAUAUAUAUACACUUUAUAAAGCAUGACAGCCCAACUAACUAAAAUCCUAGGAAUUGGAGCAGCGAUCGCUGAAAACCUCGCAUCAAAAGGUGCCAACCUUGUUCUAAAUUACACAUCCAAUUCAUCAUCCGCACUCACCACCGAGCUCUCCAAGAAUCUCGAACAAAAACACAGCAUCAAGACUCUGAUUGUUCAAGCCGAUGUUUCUGAAAAAUCCGGCGCAGAAACCAUCAUCAACACUACCAAAUCUCACUUCUCAGAUGUCCAAUCCGGAAACUUUCAAAUCGAUAUUCUGAUAAAUAAUGCUGGUGUAUCUCAAAAUACACCCAUUCCAGAUAUCACCAUUGAUGAGUUCCAGUGGCAAUAUAAAAUAAAUGUCCUCGGUCCACUUCUUCUCCUACAAGCCGCUCUAGACUAUCUCCCCCAUGAUAGAUCUGGCCGUAUCAUCAAUCUAUCAUCCGUAUCCAGUUCCGAGGGUUUCUGGGGACAAACUGUCUAUGGUGGUACUAAAGCGGCCGUAGAUGCCAUGACCCGUACCUGGGCUCGAGAACUAAACAAUCGCGCAACAGUGAAUUCAGUUAACCCUGGACCGGUGAAGACGGAUAUGUGGGCUGGUACUACUGCGGAAUUCAAAAAGACUUUAAAGCCUUGGAUUGAGAGUACUCCAGGAAGUGUGAUUAGACCGGAAUUGGAUGAUCAGGAUUUGAUAGAUGAUGCGCCAAAUGCUGGAGGAAGACCGGCCUAUACAUCCGAGAUUGCGGGCAUUGUGGGCAUGUUGUGUACGAGUGAUAGUACUUGGUGUACUGGUCAGGUUGUGUGUGCAAAUGGUGGAAUGGUUCUGAGAUAGUGUUGCUCCAUAUACGGAGAUGUUUAUUGCUUCUCGGUUUGUUCAUAAAAGGAUAGAUUGAGCCGAAUUUGGGUUUACAAAUGGGUGUAACCGCCAGACUUUAAAACAAACAUUUCUUGUACCUUGCAGGCCAUCGGUCCCAUUUGCCGUGAAUAUCAUAAAUUGCUGCCAAACCUUCGUUGGCUACACCUAGUUUUUAGCAGAUGUAUUUGGAAGGGGUGCACAGGAGUGAGCCAAUUCAAGAAUAGUUAUCAGAAUGAUAGGUGCUAGGUCUUUCCUGCACAC